CUCUGCCGCCCCGAUUCGGGGCUUGGAUGCUUGAAAGCUUUGUUUCCCUUGUUCUGAGGGUGGCCCAGCUGGGUCUGAAUCGACUCCCUCCCUUUUUCGUUUCUCCCAUCCUUUCCCAGCCCGGAGAAAACAGAGAGGUGGGGGACCAGGGAAGAGGAGGCUAAAGCGCGUUGCCAGGCGCGCUGUCAGACAUGGGCGGGUGCGAGGGUAACAGCUGUCUUGAGAUCAGCUCAGGAGUAAGAGUCUCCGGGAGGACUGCUUGAGCUCCGGACACUUCAGGAGUCCUCAGCUAGAGACAAGGGCGAUAUGGAUCACCUCAUGAACAGCUUGGAGGUCCAACUUAAUUCAGAAAGAGGAUCAAUGCAGGCAUUCAGACAGGUCACUGGCCCUGUUCAGAUCAGAGAUCCCUCUGUGACAGCACACAGAAGUAAUAUGACUUCUUCCCCACUCCUGGAUGCCAGCCCAAUGGAGCACCCAGCCCUGUUUAAUGAUAUCAAGAUCGAGCCUCCAGAAGAGCUCCUGGCUAGUGAUUUCAACCUGCCCCAGGUGGAACCAGUUGACCUCUCCUUUCACAAGCCGAAGGCUCCUCUCCAGCCUGCUAGCAUGCUGCAAGCUCCAAUACGGCCUCCCAAGCCACCAUCUGCAGCCCAGGCCAUGGCGAUGCCCACUUCAUCUGACACAGGCCCUUCACCGGCCAUUCCUACCGUUCUCACUCCAGGCUCUAUCCUGGCGUCCUCUCAGGGGACGGCGGGCCAGCCGAUUUUACAUGUGAUUCACACCAUCCCCUCAGUCAGUUUGCCAAAUAAGAUGGGUGGACUAAAAACAAUCCCACUGGUGGUGCAGUCUUUGCCUAUGGUCUAUACCAGUCUGCCUGCAGACGGGAGUCCUGCAGCUAUUACUGUCCCACUCAUUGGAGGGGACGGCAAAAAUGCUGGGUCAGUCAAAGUUGACCCCACCUCCAUGUCUCCACUGGAGUUCCCAAGUGAUGGUGAUGAGAGUGCAAUUGAGAGCGGAUCUUCAGCCUUACACAGUCUGCAGGGAUUGCAGCAAGAACCAGCAACGAUGGCCCAAAUGCAGGGAGAAGACUCUCUCGACUUAAAGAGAAGACGGAUUCACCAGUGUGACUUUGCUGGAUGCAGCAAAGUGUACACCAAAAGCUCUCACCUGAAAGCUCACCGCAGAAUCCAUACAGGAGAGAAGCCUUACAAAUGCACCUGGGACGGCUGCUCCUGGAAGUUUGCUCGCUCGGAUGAGCUCACUCGCCAUUUCCGUAAGCACACGGGCAUCAAGCCGUUCAGGUGCACAGACUGCAAUCGCAGUUUUUCUCGAUCUGACCACUUGUCCCUACACCGCCGGCGCCAUGACACCAUGUGAAUAUCCCAGGCCACAACAGACGUGCUGCACUGGUCUCCUGAGUGUGUGCUGAGGUCGAGACUGUG